AUGGCUUCCAACAGUCGUCAGAUGUUUCAGUGUAGUUCAGACGUUGAAAGCGGUCCUGUACUUGUUAAUCGACCUAUAACGCUAUUAGAGCUUCCAGAAGAAAUCCUUUAUAAUAUUAUUUCAUAUCUGUCCUACAACGAAAUCAGCGAAUCUCGUAAUGUGUGCCAGACCAUCAACAAGCUCUGUCAACAGGUGCUGAAUCAUGGUUUCACGAAGGUUGACAAACAACACACUCAUAUACAGAAAAGAGUGAAGAGCCAACUUCCACGCAGAGAAUCAGAAAGACGGAACCAUCCUCUUGCUCGUCAUGUAGAUAUCCUCUCUGCCAUAGAGACACGUUUAUCUCUGCUGGGAAUGACAUACACCCGCUAUAUAGACAUGGGGUUGUGCUGCUUCAUCCCAGGAAAGGUACUUGACGAACUGCUAAGGAUUCUAGCAACGCUACAGAGGACAGAUCAGCCUCCACGUGCCCAUGAGUUUCUCCAAGAGCUUCGUGAUAUAUCUUCAAUGGCUAUGGAACAUUUUGAGGAGAAGAUUUCUCCAGCUCUUAAAGCUCGGCUCCCAGCUGUGACACUUCCCUUCCCAUUUGGGGAUCACUGCUCUGCUAGUCCAGAACCUCAGCAUAGCAUUGCAGGUCCAUCCACAUCUCCAAUGAUGGCUUUGGCAACCAGUCCAAUGCGAGGGAACCCUCUGCGACAAGAAGUCAUCCGUCUCCAGAUGCAGUGCAAAACGCAUACCUCCACCAUCACACAGUGCAAGAAAGAACUUGUAGAAUGUAAAAAUCGUCAUAUAGAACAGAGCAAACGUAUUUCUGAACAAAGCAGGAAGAUUCAAACUCAAGCAAAAGUGAUAUCGGAACAAGUGGAACUAAUCAAGGAACACGACAAAAAGAUCAGUGAUUUAAGCAAGAAAAUUCUGGAAUAUGAUCAGAAGUUCUCCGAUGUUUAUACGGAACUGUCCAAGAUGAAGGGUGAGGGAGAGACCUCCACGGCUGCGAGGGACUUCCAGGGAAGUAGCUUUAUCAUCAGAUCAAGUGAGAGCAGCAAAGAGGAUCUAGACAAGAACAAGGCGUGUUUAAAGAGACGAGCACUGCGACAAGACUAUCCAUUCAAGAAGCAAAAGACUUGAUUUCACUGUUAGAAUGCAGGGUUAUUUACAAGUGAUGUUAGUAACUAUACUAGAACAGACUCUAGCAUUGAUGCUGCCGAUUUUAGUGAUGAUUUGAAGACAAAUUUUUACUUGCCUGGUGUACAGUAAGAUAGGAAAUGAAUGUACAAUUUUUAUUAGCAGAUUGUGAAGUUAAAAUAACAGUGUGAUUAUAUAUAAUGGACAUCUCCCACACGUUAAAUAUCCGUAACAUAUUUAGGAGGGCAUGAUAAAUGUCAUGAAAACUUUAAGGAAGUUAAUAGAGUAAGGUUGUACCAGUCCAUGGUAAGUGAAUUUCAAAUAUUUUAUUGUAACUUAAAACAACUAAUAUUGUUAUCAUGUUUUCAAGAGAAAGAUAUUUGUGCAUAAAAAACAUUAAUGAAUUGUUCAAUGAAUGCGAACAACAAUUUAUGCACGGCAUAGUAGGCUCAUACAGAAAAGUUCAUUAGUAAAAUAUACACAGCAAUUGUGUCAUCACACAACUGCCUAGAAUCUCCAUAUGGAAUUUGGUCUGUAAUACCUGCAGGUCAAAUCUGAUGAAUCUGAAAUCAAGAGUUGUGUCCCUUCCACUGCAGCACAAAUCUGAUGAAUCUGAAAUCAAGAGUUGUGUCCCUUUCACUGCAGCACAAAUCUGAUGAAUCUGAAAUCAAGAGUUGUGUCCCUUUCACUGCAGCACAGCCUGAUGUUUCAGUGUUGUGUAUAUUUUAAUAAUUGUGGAAACACUUCUGUUCUAAAUGUCAAACUACCGACCAACCAUGUUAUCAUAAAUUUGUUACAUGUGUAUGUUUUCAUUUCCAAGUCCGGUUUACUCUGCUGUUACCUGAUUCUUCUGGACCAAUCACGUUGUUAAUUUUGAAGUCCCAGUCAUUUUGUGAUCAAUACUUCUUGCUCGUCAGAACUGAUUGUUAUUGAAUAUACUUGUCCACAGAUAUUUUGGUUAGCUGGUUGCAUCAUGAAACAAAUUUAAAGCACUUUGAUAUAAAAAUCCAGACAUCUGCUUUGUUUUGAAUGUAAAUUGAUGAUUGAAAAAUAUGACUUGGUAUGAAUCUUGUCUUGGUUUAAAAUGCUUGAAUGUGUGGACAGGAAUAUGAUUCAUACCAUAGUUAGUGUUUAAAAGAUGACUUGAAUUUGUCAAAAAGAAGUAGAUUAAGUUCAGCUCUUUGAUGAUUUUUUAAUCUCUAUUUGUAUGUCAAUUCAGAAUAAUAGCUACAUGUAUAACAUAUAGGUUAAAUCUAUGGUUACAGUAAUUCAACAUAAUUGAGGUAAUAUUCCUAUUUUUUACCAAUCCAACUUAUAUACAAUGUGAAUGUUACCUACAUUCAUAGUAAAACAGAAUUUUCCUUUGAAAAGAAACUGUAAGUUGUCAUACAGAAAUGUUUUCAAAAGCUUGUCAAUUUUUAUUAGGGUUUAUUUAACCUUUCAUCUGCAAAAUUAAAGUGCAUGUAAUAGACAAAAUCUGAUUAUUUUUUGCAGACAUCCAUUUACACCCUACUUAUGAAGGACCUCAUGGAUCAAACACAUUGCACCAUUUAAUAUGGUGAUUCUGUUAAUUUUCAAUGACCUUGAGACAUAGGAAACAAAACUAUACAUACUGCGUUCUGUAUUUACUUCUUGUUUUAACAAUUCUCUUACUACAUCGUCAAUAUUUUACACGAUAAAACAUAUCUUUUGAUUGAAUGUUGACUUUAUCGGUGUUAGAUCGUAGUGUAAUUUAUUUGUUAUA